ACUUAUUGUCAAAGAAAAAGAGAAACAAGUCCGUUUGUUUAUUUCCUUGAGAUUUGUCAUAUUUUAUUUUAUUUUGAUUUGGUUAUAAUGGGGAACUGCAUGGAUAGAAGGAUGCAAGGAGAAGGAGAAGAAGGAAAGACAGAUGCAAGAGAAAAGGCAAAAGAGUCAUUCAAACGUGAUGGCGAUGAUGAUGGUCAAGGUGGAACGAAGGUGAAGAUAGUGCUUACAAGACAUGAACUCGAUAUGUUUUUGCUUCAGAUGAAUAAGAAUCAUGAUGGAAACUUUAUGAUGACUAAAGAUGUUAUGGUAGAGCUAGAGAAGAGGAUUAUAAAAGGAUCAUCAUCUUUAUCAUCUUCACCUUCAUCUAUGGCGUGGGAACCCUCUUUAGAGAGCAUCAUGGAAUGUCCAGAAGUCCAAGAGAUGGAUAGAUGAGGAUGCUAAAGAUAGCUAGGGUCUGCUAUUAGCCUAUUAUAAUGAUCUAAAGCAUUGUGUUAAAUCACUAUGAACGGAAAUUGUAUGACAUUUUUGCAUCACUUCAUUUUGUUGGAUAAGUUUUUUUUUUGUUAAGACUAAUUUUCGUACCAUAAAAUAUUAGGUAUUUUGAUCUAUCAAGAAAAUCUGAUACUG